AUGUCGUUCCGACGUGGGGUUUCCCGGUUCGACCGGGUCAAUCAGUGGCUACAAUUUUCGAGACAAUGGCACGUGAUUGACGCGAAUCAACAGGAUGCUGAACUACUGGGUGACAAGGUGGCUCGCUAUUUGGCUGGAAAACACAAACCAAUCUAUCAUCCGAAGACUGAUUGUGGUGAUCAUGUGGUGGUGACGAAUUGUAAGGAUAUUGCGAUGCAAGGAUUCGAUUGGAAGCACACAAUCUACAAGUUCAAUAUGGAGUAUCCCAAGAGUAAAGCCGACAUUCCAGCGUGGCAGAUCCAUGAAUACGAUCCGUGUCGAGUGGCGUUUUUGUCGAUUUAUAGGUCUCUCGGCAACAAUCUUCUCCGACGUCGUCUGAUUCAACGUCUUCAUCUGUUUCCCGACUCGGAGGUGCCAGAUUUCGUUCGAAAGAACAUUGGAUCCCAGUUGAGACAAGUGCAAGAAGUGGUGAAACGAAGCGAUGAGUAUACGGCAGAAGAGCGUGCUGCGUUCCCGAGGGUUGUGAAGUUUACCGAAGGACACGUUGUUGAUUGGGAGAAGAGUAUUCCGAAUCCAGGAAGACACACGAAACCAGUACCUGGGCAGAAGGACAAGUAA